AUGGACACAUCCAGGGCGCCAGCUCAGCACUCCCCACCAGGCUCCUCCGGAGAGUCCGACCCUGAACCAGCCCAUGAGCGCCUCUCCGACGACGACAACGAAGGCCGAUACCCGUUCGUGCCCGCCGCGGUCAAGACGCUGGUCGACGAAGUACCUCCCUUGAGCAACACAUGGGCUAGCAGUCAACAAGCACGGUCAAAAGGAGGAACUGGAGGCUUUCCAAAUGGAUACGAUGGUACUCCUGGGCCAUCACAGCUUCACUCGAGCGGAACGAGCAACACGCGAGCUGCAAGACCGAGCGCUGUAAGGACACCAUCAAACGCCUACGCGCCACCACGGCGGCCAACUCAGCGCUCCCUUAACACCACCUCUAACCGGCAUCGCGCCUCUUCCCGAACCCGCCGUAACCCCAACGCCGAGUACCGAGCUCAACAGAAGGCCUAUUUGCAACGGAUACGGCAAGACAAUGCAACCGAUGACCAGUUCUUCAACCCGGACGUGCGGACUCCUAGCCUGGGAUACAGCACGGAUUCCGACACGGACGACGAGUCACCACUAACAGCCGAAUACCAAGAGAGCGAGCCUUAUGACUCUGAGAUCCUACUCUACUACGGCAACGAUGAUAUGCAGCCGUCGAUAGAGGAGUUGAAGAUACCAGCGAACCGGGAGAGACUCGAGUGGCAUUCUAUGCUUGCCAACGUUCUGACUGGUGACGUUGUCAAGCAAGAGAAGAAGCGUCUGAUAGGUGGUACAGAACAACAGGGGGAUAGCACGCUCCAGAAUGAAGUCUGGAUGGGAAUACGAGCUAAAGUCUGCGGCCGGACGAUACAGGCACAGCGGAGGGUAAUCGACGAUGGGCGCGCCAAAGUCAAAUCUUUUCUCGAAGCGGUGAUCGCUUUCGAAAUCAAGGGUGAGGCUGAGGCCGGCAAGACGGCGACGGAGCAGGUCGAAGAAGUCGUCCAGAAGAUCGAGAAGUGCGAGCAGCUGUAUCCGACAAGGCAAGCUCUGGAAGCUGCACACCCCCGGGCUGCCUCUGCACCCUUUCAUGAGACGUGUGAUGCUGUCAUGUCCUGGCACAAUACGACACAGCUCAUCAACACCGAGCUUGCAAUUCUGAGGAACUGGGUGGGCAACGAAGAACUCGACUUUGCAAAGCCAAGAGCGCGAUCUACAAACGACAGCCAUCUCUCGGAUGAUUCCUCAUUCAUUGACAGAUUGCUCAAAGAAGAUGGGCUUAAGUCUCUGCAGGGUAAAGACAGCUUGCUCGUAAAACUCAAUGUCGUCAUCAACAAAGCAAAGGCUACGCUCAUUGCAAAUGCCGAGACGUUUGCGGACCGACAUCUGCCGCCUUACAUCGAAGAGCUGCUCACACUCAUGAACUUCCCGUCGCGUCUGGUUCAGGAGAUCAUUCGCAUGCGGCUUACUUAUGCAAAGAAGAUAAAAGACCCGGCUCAGAGCGGUGUCAUGAUGGCGGAACAGAUGAUCGUCCAGUUCCAGAUCCUGCUUACCCUUGCAAUCCGGGUCAAAGAUGAAUAUACAGUCGUGUCACAGCACGAGCCAGGCUGGGAACCCCCGCCAUGCAUGGAGGAGAACUUUGACAUGGUUGUCCUGGACGCCCUUAAGUACUACUUCCGAAUGCUCAAUUGGAAGCUCUCCGCGAACAAGAACACCUUUAAGGAAGCUGAGAUCCUGGAGCAAGAGUGGGAUUUCUCCAACAAACUUGGUAGACAUCUUGAGGGCGGUGAUGUCGAGGUUGCGGAGCAGUUCAGCUCGCUUACUUCCAAAGCCCUAAUACGCUUGACGGCUUAUUUCGAGAAAGAAUUGCAGAAACGCCCGGACGAAGUGGCUGGCACAGAAAUGGAUAAAAGAUACAAGCAGGUGCUCGAUUCGGUGCGGGUGCGACAAAGGAAGUUGUUCCGUUUCUCCAGGGUCCUGUCGACCAGGUUCGAGAACUCAACGGAGUACAAUAUCAACAUGGACUCGGAGCAAAUCGAGGAUCUGUACCACUCUCUAGUGAUGUCUGGUCAUUUCCUUGUCGAGACAGACACGGACAGUCAGACUACUGGUAUCUACAUCCUUGCUUCGCCCACUCUGCAAGAUCGACCGCAGGAAGUACAGUCUCUUCUCGGAACCUGCUACCACGCCGAGGAGAAUCCAGAAGAUCCGUCCAACCCGUAUCUGCUGAUCUUGAAACCUGAAGGUCCGCUUCACUGGCGUGGUAAAACUGUUACUACCGAUGUGCGCCAGCCGUUCCUGGAUAUGAAGACUAGCAGGCUUCGCCUCGUCGCAGAUGGCUCCCAGCAGCGGCUGGUGAACGCCAACGCUGCUUUCAUGCAGACGACAGGACUGGAUCUUACGGUCUUGAUCGACCAACGGGCAAACCUACCUCGAGUGCAUGCCGAGUUGCAACGGAUCAAGAAGUUUACAUACAAGCUGUCCAACACAAUCAUGGACAGCGUGGAGAUCAUCCGAAAGGAGCUUUCUGGGCUGCAGUGCCAAGAACUCAUCCAAACCUGCUUCGCCUUCGCGGCCGAGUUUGGCCAAAGCUCCGUUCACUACAUGGAUAGCAACCGACGGGCGCUGAACAAUAUCAAGCUCACUAGGCUGGCGCUGGACUGGGUCAGCUUCAUCUGUGACGAUUGCAUAGCUUCCGACCGCAAGACCUGCCGAUGGGCCGUGCUUGCGCUCGAGUUUGCCAUGAUUAUGACAAGAGGGCAAAACAUACUUUCGAUUAGUGACCAGGAGUACUCGAAGCUGCGCGCGAAGGUUGCUGGGUGUAUGUCGUUGCUUAUCUCUCACUUCGAUAUCAUGGGCGCAAGAUCGACCAUGGCAGCACAAGCUGAGAAGCAGCGCAUGGAAGCUAUGAUGGGUAAGCUUAGGCUGGAUGUGAGCAGACUAAAGGACGACGAGGAAUCAUCGAAUCUGGUCCGCGAGCAGUGGCUCGAGCAGCUUGCUGAGAUUGAUGAGAUCCGCAAACAGAAAGAGGCGGAGCGGCAAGCGCUGGGACGCGUCUUGGAAGACUCGAACGAAGCUGAUCGUGCCCUCACAUACCUGUCGUCUUCCGCGACAAACGUUACUCUACGAUGGCAGCAAGGAAUGUAUGUCGGCGGCGGCACGUUCGGAUCCGUAUAUGCGGCAAUUAAUCUUGACUCCGGCCACCUUAUGGCAGUCAAGGAGAUCCGCCUGCAAGAUCCCCACCUCAUCCCGACGAUCGUAUCACAGAUCCGGGACGAGAUGGGCGUACUACAACUACUUGAUCAUCCGAAUAUUGUCUCCUACUACGGCAUCGAGCCCCAUCGAGACAAGGUCUACAUCUUCAUGGAAUACUGUUCCGGCGGUUCGCUCGCCAGUCUCCUCGAGCACGGAAGGAUAGAGGACGAGACAGUCAUCAUGGUCUACGCUUUGCAGAUGUUGGAAGGGCUGGCCUAUCUACACGAUGCCGGUGUCGUCCACCGCGACAUCAAACCCGAAAACAUCCUGCUCGACCACAACGGCGUGAUCAAGUUCGUCGACUUCGGCGCCGCCAAAGUCAUCGCCCGCCAAGGCAAGACCAUGGUCGGCGACAAUGCCGCCGGCCGCCAAGGACGCCAGAAAUCCAUGCAAGGCACGCCCAUGUAUAUGUCUCCCGAAGUCAUCAAGGGCCAAAGCACCGGCCGAGCCGGUUCAGCGGACAUUUGGUCCCUCGGCUGCGUCAUCCUCGAGAUGGCGACGGGCCGACGGCCAUGGGCGACACUUGAUAACGAGUGGGCUAUCAUGUACAACAUCGCUCAAGGCAACCCGCCGGAACUGCCCAAGACGGACCAGCUGAGCGAGUCGGGAAUUGACUUCUUGAAAAGAUGUUUUGAGCGGGAUCCGGCGAGGAGGGCGUCGGCUGCGGAGUUAUUGCAGCAUGAUUGGAUCAUGAUCCUGAGGAGCCAGCUCUCGCUGGGGCCUCAGACGCCGAGUGAGAGUUCUGCUUCGGGGAGUAUGUCUAAUUCCAGACACAACUCCAUGCAGUAUUAG